AUGGCGCCCAAGAAUAACAGUACCACGAGGAACGGGCAGAAGCGCGGUGUGCGUGUCCCAAAAGGCACAAAGCGUUCAUCGAAAACUCCAGUCACCCCAAAGCAGAAGACACCACCAUCUAAAGGUCGUUCAGCCAUCAAGAAAGGCGAAGACAGACCCAUCAGCAAAUUUGAAGAACGGCGAGCCGUCAAGCUUCAGCGUGAGCUGGAUGGCAUAAUCACAGACAUGAGACAGGCAUCCGACAUCUAUGGCUCGCUGCUCCGAGACAUUGUCACCGUUAGGGGUCGCCUUGAGGAUCUCACCGACAUCAUUCUCUGUGAACAGACAAUCGGAGAGCUGAGAGAAGCGAGCAAAAGCUUGCGAGAGGACGAGCCUGAGGUUUGGAAGAAGCUUGUCCCGGACGUCGUUCCUGAUCUUGUAUUUUCGCCAUCGCCAUCGCCUUCCCCGAAGCCGAAGGUCACGCCGAGUGGGAAGCGGAAGGCAGACGACGGCGGGGAUGUGGAGUUCAAGACGCCGUCGAAGAAGCCGAAGGUUGUCUCACCGACGCUGACAGCAGCUUCGAGUAGGCCGCGAAGGACCACGACGCCGGCCAAAACAGCCUAG